AUUUUGGUUUCAGCAAAGAGCACCUAAAAGAAAAUACGUUGUGGUUGAUCUCCUCUUAGGCUUUCCCCACCGCAGAAUCUCAUUCUCCAAAAUGGAGGCCAGGGUCUCAUCUUCUCUCGGCCUCCCUUCCCCCAAACCCCACCAAUUCUCAGUCUCAAACCUCACCGAUUUCCCUUCUCUCUUCACACACACCCCCACUCUCCCCUUCGCCUCCACCUCCAAAUGGGCCCGGCCCACCCCAAAGCCCAACCCAAAGCCCCUCCUCAAAACCCUCUCCGUCCUCGACCGCGCCCUCAUCGGCGCCGCCGCGGGCGGCCUCGCCGGCGCCUUCACUUACGUCUGCCUCCUCCCCCUCGAUGCCAUCAAAACCAAGAUGCAGACCAAGGGCGCGGCACAGAUUUACAAAAACACCCUCGACGCAAUCGUGAAAACCUUCCAGUCCGAAGGCAUCCUCGGCUUCUACAGCGGCGUGUCCGCGGUCGUCGUCGGCUCUACCGCCUCCUCCGCCGUAUACUUCGGCACCUGCGAGUUCGGAAAAUCGUUCCUCUCCAAGCUCGAAGCGUUCCCCGCCGUGCUUAUCCCUCCCACCGCCGGCGCCAUGGGGAACAUCAUGUCUUCGGCGAUCAUGGUCCCGAAGGAGCUCAUCACGCAGCGAAUGCAGGCCGGCGCGAAGGGCCGCUCGUGGCAAGUGUUUGCUGAAAUUAUUCAAAACGACGGCGUGAUGGGCCUCUACGCUGGUUACUCCGCGACAUUGCUGAGAAACUUACCCGCGGGAGUUCUGAGUUACUCUUCUUUCGAGUAUUUGAAAGCCGCGGUGCUUCAGAAGACUAAGCAGAGUUACAUGGAACCGGUGCAGAGUGUUCUGUGUGGGGCCCUCGCCGGGGCGAUAUCGGCGUCGCUCACGACGCCGUUGGAUGUGGUGAAGACGAGGUUGAUGACGCAGGUUCGGGGCGAGGGGGUGAGCAAGGUUGCUGCGGUUAUGUACGACGGGGUUUCGGCCACGGUGAAGCAGAUUUUGAAGGAGGAAGGGUGGGUAGGGCUUACCCGUGGAAUGGGGCCCCGGGUCCUGCAUAGUGCUUGUUUUUCGGCGUUGGGCUAUUUUGCUUUCGAGACGGCCAGGCUUUCCAUUUUGCGGGAGUAUCUUAGGAGUAAGGAGUUGCGUGAAGUCUCUGUCUCCUCUGGUUGAGUUUGUGCUUUUGUUCUUUAUUGCUUCUUUUUUAUUUGGGUUUUGAAUUACAGUUACUUACUUCCAUGUUGAAUGUUUCAGUAGAUAAGGAGUAUUUUGUUAUGGAAAAUGUACUACUACCGUGGCAUAAACAAAAUGAAAAUGUAGGUGCUGAAAUGUUUCUUAUCUUGGUUACAAUAAAGUGAUUUUGCUGAUUCUUGUUCUUGGUGUCGGAA